AAGCGGGGCAAACCCGCCGCCUUCCCCGGGGGCGGCCCGGUGGCCAGCCCCGCUCCGGGAGGGAAAACCCGCAAAGCCCGGUUGGCGCUGUCAAAAUCACAACACCGGAGCCCUUUCCCGCCGGGGCCGGGCCGGUGGCAGCUCCCGGCCGGAAGCGGAAGCUCCGUGGCGGCGGCGGCAAAAGCGGGCGGCGGUGGCAGUAUAAGCGGGUCGGUGCUGGGCGGCGUGCUGGCAAAAAUGUCCGCAGUAUGCGACUUCGUUGCACUCAAUACUGGGCAGAAGAUGCCUCUCAUAGGACUGGGAACUUGGAAAAGUGAACGUGGCCAAGUGAAAGAAGCGGUGAAAUAUGCCCUAGGCGUGGGUUAUCGCCACAUCGAUUGUGCAGCUGCUUACAGCAAUGAGGUGGAGAUCGGUGAGGCUUUCCAGGAAUGCCUUGGGCCCAACAAGGUUAUUAAAAGGGAGGACCUGUUUGUAACAUCAAAGCUCUGGAAUACCAAGCACCACCCAGAUGAUGUAGAGCCAGCGCUAAGGAAAACACUUGGGGAUUUGAAACUGGAUUACCUGGACCUGUACCUCAUGCACUGGCCUCAUGCCUUUGAACGAGGGGACAAUCUGUUCCCGAAGAAUCCUGACAAUACGAUGCGGUAUGAUUACACUGAUUACAAGGAUACCUGGAAGGCUAUGGAGAAGCUGGUAGAAAAAGGUCUUGUGAAAGCCAUUGGGCUGUCAAAUUUCAACAGUCGUCAGAUCGAUGAUGUACUAAGUGUGGCUACUGUCAAACCAGCUGUGCUCCAGGUAGAAUGCCAUCCUUACCUAGCCCAGAAUGAGCUGAUAGCUCACUGCCAGAAACGAGGGCUCGUUGUCACUGCCUACAGUCCCCUGGGCUCUCCAGAUCGCAUGUGGAAACACCCAGAUGAGCCUGUGCUGCUAGAAGAAGCUGGGAUCAAAAAACUGGCAGAAAAAUACAGCAAGUCACCUGCACAGAUCAUCCUCAGAUGGCAAGUGCAACGUAAAGUGGUUGCCAUUCCCAAGAGUGUCACUCCCGCUCGCAUUCAGCAGAAUGUCCAGGUGUUUGAUUUCAGCCUCACAGAAGAGGAGAUGAGCCACAUUGGAAGCCUGAACAAAAACUGGCGUUACAUUGUGCCAAUGAUUACGGUGAAUGGAAAGCUAGUAGCAAGAGAUGCCGGACAUCCCCAUUACCCCUUCAAUGACCCCUAUUAAUUAUUAGAAAAUCAGGUGUCAGAAUAACUCCUCUGCGUGCUCUUCCAAAGUAAUUUUCACCACAAUUUGUCAAAAAAAUCUGUCCAAAUCAAACCUUCCUUCCUGAGUGGAUUUACUUACAAUGUACUGCUUCUAAUUGACUUCCUUUUUGGAGAUACUGUAGCUUCCGUGUCAAAGUUUGUAGAUUUAUUACAAUAAUUAAAAAAACCAAGCAUCAAAUCUUUUGGGGAUUAGGUAAAGAGUGGGGGAGUCGAAAUCAAGUUCCAAAGGUGCCAUUGCCAGGCUAAGGCAACAUUUUGGGUUUACUGCCUGUGAACCAGUUUUGAAAGCUUUAGUUAUGACUGACCAUGAAGAAAAAAAAAAAGCAUGAAAGCAUUUUAAGACUAAACACCUGCUCAGCCAUCAACUUUGAUAUCUUUAUUAAUAUUUUUUAAUACAGGAAACAAAAUGUGCUACAGGUGCACCGUGUCCAUAAACCAUUCAUUAAAACCCAAGUAGCCAGCUAUGCCCAGUGCUUUUCAUCCACUUUAGAGUACUUGUGGAACCUAAAAUUCUCUAUUUUCUUUUUCUUUUAAUUUGCAUGUAGAUUUGAGGAGAAUAAAUGCAUACCCUGGAGCAGGCCUUCAGGGCAAUCCUCUCUGUUGCUUGCCACAUGGAUAGGUUUCAGCUCUGACAAUAGCUCUGAUUGUUCUGUCACAAAAGCCUCAAGAACUUUUUAGCAAGUCUUGUGGAAAAACAUCCUGCUUUGACUGUGAAGUUACCCAGUUCUCUUUACCAAACAUGUCUGCUUUAAGUUCUGGAAGGUCACAAAAUUAGUUCCUGACUGUACAGUAAGAGCAAAGACCCGUCAGAGGGCCUUUCCCAUUUUAAUGUCUCAUUUUUGAUUGCUGCCUGGGCGGAUGCUUGGGACAGCCAGUCCCAUCUCCUGUUCUACAGCUGACCUGCUGGUAACACCAGGCAAGCGAUCUGCCUUUCCUGUGCCUGUUUCCCCCCUGCCUUGUCUCUGUGUCAUUCCCUGGCAGGGACUAAUUUACUGAGUGCUGAUACGCUGUGGAGCAGGACUGGAGCUCCAGCACUGACAAGAGUUUUAUUUUGUUUUUCUCUCUUGGUGGAUUAUCCAGCCUUCUGAGCACCAAGAGCCUGAGGUGUUAGCUCAGGGCUCUGAUACCUUCCGUGGCCUUAGCAACGUUAACCCUUUAUUUUGGUUUUCUCUACCUGUAAAAUAGGAUUAAUGCUCCAUUGCCUCGGUGCAGACAGGGGUAACAAGGCGGAGUUUUCUAAGGGCCUCUGGGAUUUAAAACAAAGGAACUCUUUCAGAUCUGUCGAUGCUGCUCAGAGGACUCCUCCUUGGCUGCUGGAUAAAGCGAGCUUAACUGGCUGUAAGCAAAUUAAAGAAUGGUCAUUUUUUAUUUUUCCCAUAGCGAUAAGAAACAUAGAAUUACAGAAAUAAUCCUCUGAAUCCAAAUAGUUCAAAAAUUAAAGAAUUGGAUUCUUUUAAGUUUUGAUAACCUCCUUUAUGUUGGGCCUGUAGUAACUCUAUAUUCGCCCCAAGUGUAAUGUCUCCUCAAGUAUUUCCUGCCCUGGGCCUCGCAGCGCGGGGCUGGGCUGGAGGAAACCUCUUCAUUGCUUUUUGUAAUCCUUAGGUAAAAUUUAAAGAAUUUCUGUUCCUGGGUAAAGCGUUUCCUAAAUCCUGCUGAAUUUCCCUCGGUGGGGAAAGCCAUUACAGCUCAGUUAAGAUUCUUUAGGAGACUGGAGGUUUUCUUCUGAAGGAAAUGAAAUCCCUGGUGAGUUUGGUUUUUUUUUUUGUUAUUCUAAUAGCACAGGGGUGACUUUGAAUAGUCUUGGCUGCCAAUCCCUAGGGAAGCAAUUUUGAGCCUUCACAGCAGCCAUCCUGCCAGGAAAAGUGGCUUUUGUUGCAUGUAUUCCCACUUGCAUGUCUUCAAUAAAUACUGUACUCUGUGUGUGACUCUCA